AUAUUUCCGGCUGAGACAUUCGCACCGAAGGUUCAAAUGGAAUAUAACGUGGAAUCCAAACGAUUGCCACGAAAUGUUGAAAUGGAAAGGCUACGUAGAUUGUAUAGAAAUCAAAAUUUGGAUGAGGCGUUAAAGGAAGAGGGAGUUUUACCAUGUAAUAUUUUACCUCCAAAAGUAAUUUUAUCAUUGUCAUCCGAGGAAGAAAAGUACGGGUUAUAUUCCAAGAUAAAUUACUUGCCUCUUGAGAUAUUUGACGACGAGGAAUUUGACUGUCGAACGUCGAAAGAUUGGAUAAAUUUGGGUCUUAUUGAUGGCGUUCGACAUCCGUUACCUGCUAUGUCUUUUGUAGAAAAAGUUAGAAUCAAUGAACGAAAUAAUUAUUUGUCCGAUGUACAAUUAAAUAAUUUAUAUGGAUGGCAUCUUUCUGCAGUAACUGAUUAUGAUAGCUGCAAAAAAUUGUGGACUGUCUUCACAUUGGACGGUUAUAAAAGAACUUUUUUAUUACCUAGGAUAUAUGUCCGAUUUAUUGCCGAGGAUCCUAAAGUUUUUGCGAGACGGGUUGCAGCUGCAGUGAAAGAAAGACAAAUAGUCGAAACGCAUAUUAGAUAUAAUUUUUAUUUGGAUUGUAUGGAAGUAGAAGAUAUACCGACAUUGAAUAAAAAGGAAAAGGAAACUAUUAUUCGGCUUUGUACAAGGCAACAUUUUGUUCAUUACAAAAUUCAGAAUAUUAUCGCUGUAUGUACAAAUUUCUCAUUUUCGCGGAAAAUUAUUGAAAUUAAAGAUUACUUUCAUUGGUUUACAUUAUACGUAUUGCCAGAAGUUUAUGAAGUUGUGCGUUGUGUGGUCUACGAAUGUGCUUACGUAUCAGGGAUGAAUUUAUUUGUAUCGAAUUAUGGAAAAUCAAUAUCACUGAUCGAAUUCGAAAACCAACAAAAUCAAACUACGACAAUGGUGAUGAAAUAUCUGAAAGAACCAUGGUUAGAAAAAAUAACGCAAUCAGUUAGAAUAUAUUUGAGGGAUGUAGGAAAAGGAUGGUUUAAUCUCGAUCAAAAGUUUGCUGAAAUAUAUAACGUUAUGAAAUUGAAACGUCUUAUGGAUCUCAUUGUUUGCCAUAUGCAAAAUGCUUUGCGAAAUCUUGUAGAAAAUUCUGUUUCUUUGUACAUCGAAAUGUUAGAAGGUCCAGGAAUUUGUAUAGUUGAUGUUGACGAUGAUUUUAUUUGGGGAGAUGAUCUAGUGAAUACCCAGUAUAGUUGUACUACUCCUCCCAUUUUUCAAGUAAAUCUUAUGAUGAAUAACGAAGGAGCAUAUUAUUCUACCAAGCUUGAAGCUUUCAAAGAAUCUAUUAUAUUUAUUUUUGAUAAUUCGUUGACACUGUGCCAUCAAAUAAGACAAGUACAUCCAUUUCUGCUUACUUUUCUUAAAUUUCCAACGAACCUUUUUCUUAGUUCAGUCGGUUUAUAUGAUGAAAGGAUAUGCGACAUUAGAAAUCGUUUAUUGAACAUAUACGAAAAGGCAAUCAUACCUUUAAAAGCUUAUGCCAAAGAAUAUUAUAAAUAUCUCGAAUUUUUCGAAAUGGAUAUUGAAAAAUAUAUCGAGAACUUCAAAAAUGAAGAACAUACCGCUAUCGAAAUUACAGAUGAAAUAUCAUUUCAUCGUAAAAUAAAAAAGAAUCUUGAAACUACUCUACCAAAAAAUAUUUUCAUUGGUCCGUUUAAUGUAAAUGUACAACCUUUGAAAGAAUUUUUAAUGACGAAGCGUGAAAAUUGUUCUACGCAAUUACUCAUUAUGUUUACGGACAAACUUCGUUACAAAAUUAAUGAAAUUUUGGACGAAUAUAUAGAAAUAAAUGUAAAAUUGAAAGAAGAAUCGAAGAAUGUAGAACAUUUAUUUGAUAAAAAAGAAUGGAUGGAAACGAUUCCGUUGACAGUGAAGGGUAUCGAUGAAAAUAUGCAGAAAGUGAAAAUUGAAUUUGACAUUUUAGAACAUUUUCGUUGGAAUUUAUCAGAUGAAGAUUUUAAUGCAAAAUGGGAAGCAAUUGGUUAUCCUCAUAAAAUAGAACAACUGAUCGCUGAAGCCGAGGAAUGUUUUAUGGCAGAACAGGAUAAAUUCUUGAAAAAUCAAUUACAAGAUGAGAUAAUGUUGCAAGAGAAAAUAGAUACGCUUGUAGGAAGCGUUGCUAAUAUUGCAUUACAAACGAAUAUUAAUAUGGUACACGAGAUUGCUAUUGAUAUUAAAAGAGUUUGGAAAUCGAUGAAGGAAUCUCAGGAAACUGGAAUAAUGUUAAAUGAGCGUCAAAAAUUACUUGGACUUCCUGUUGUACCAUUCGAGAGUCUUAUCAAACUUAUGAAAGAUUUCGAGCCAUAUCAAACGCUUUGGACAAUAGCAUCAGAUUGGCUGAAAUGGCAUGAAAUAUGGAUGGAAAAUCCUUUAAUAACGAUUGAUGGCACCAAUAUCGACAAUUAUGUAAAUGAAAUGUACAAGGCAAUGUCCCGAAGCAUAAAGAUUUUCAAAGAAUUUCCAAAGGUUGUCGCUGUAGCCGAGAAUAUAAGGGAUCAGAUAGAAGACUUUAAGCCUCACAUAGGAAUGAUACAAUCUCUUAGGAAUCCAGGCAUGAAACCUCGACAUUUCGAUGAACUCAGCGUUAUCACUGGCAUACAAAUGGCACUAACACCAACAUUAACAUUCAAAGAAUUGAUUCUUCUUGGUAUUAUGGAAUACGAAGAAGUUGUAAUGAAAGUUGCUGAUGAAGCGGAAAAAGAAUAUUCGAUAGAAGGGAUUUUGGAUAAAAUGAUCAACGCGUGGGAUACUAUAACAAUGGAUGUUAUUGCUUAUAAAAAUACAGGUACAUAUAUCAUGAAAAUUGCCGAUGAAACUUUAAUGCUCUUAGAUGAUCAUAUUCUAAAUGCGCAACAAAUUAGUUUUAGUCCUUUUAAAUUUGCAUUUGAGGAUCGAUUCGAAGAGUGGGAUAAAAAAUUUAAAUUAUCACAAGAAGUUAUAUCUUUAUGGAUAGAGGUACAAAAACAUUGGAUGUACUUGGAACCAAUCUUUACUUCAGAAGAUAUUAGUCGACAAUUACCGGUGGAAACAAGAAAGUUCAAUACCAUGGAUCGUACUUGGAGACGAAUAAUGAAAGCAGCCUACGACUGUCCUUACAUAAUGAAAAUCUGUCCAGAUAAUGUACUCUUAGAAAGUUUGAAGGAAUGCAUAACCCUGUUAGAAGUCGUGCAAAAGGGUUUGGCUGAUUAUUUAGAAACUAAACGGAUGGUUUUCCCACGAUUUUUCUUCCUUAGUGACGAUGAGCUGCUCGAAAUAGUUGCUCAAACAAAAAAUGUGCAAGCCGUACAACCUCAUCUUAAAAAGUGUUUUGAAAAUAUGAGAGAAUUGAGAUUCGAAGAAGAUCUAGCUAUUACGAGAAUGUAUUCAGCCGAAUAUGAAGAAGUUGUGUUAAGACCACCAAUCUAUCCCAUAGGUAACGUUGAGAAUUGGUUGGGAUUGGUAGAAGCAGCUAUGCGUAAUACUUUAAGAGAAAUUAUCGGCGAGGCUCUUCAAAUCGUUGAGGAAACAAGUAGAAAGGAGUGGGUGUAUAUGUGGCCUGGUCAAGUUGUUCUUUGUGGUGGUCAAACUUAUUGGACAGCUCACGUUGAAGAUGCCAUAAAAAAUAACGCACUGCGCUCUUUUUAUGAAGUGAUGUUAUCGCAAUUGGAUGAUCUGCGGGAACUUAUAAGAAAUCCACUUACUGAAAUCCAAAGAUUAAUGCUCGAGGCUGUAAUUAUUAUCGAAGUACAUGCAAGAGAUGUUUUAUAUAAACUAAUCGAAGAAAAUGUAAUGAAUGUUAACGAUUUUGAUUGGAUAUCACAGCUACGAUAUUAUUGGGUUGAUGAUAGCGAAUUAAAAGUUCGCGCGGUAAAUGCGGAGUUUUCAUAUGGUUACGAGUACUUAGGUAACAACGGUAGAUUGGUUAUCACUCCUUUAACGGAUCGAUGUUAUUUAACUCUCACUGGCGCUCUUCACUUGAAAUUUGGUGGAGCACCUGCUGGACCAGCUGGAACUGGAAAAACUGAAACGACAAAAGAUUUAGCUAAAGCAUUUGCUAUUCAAUGUGUUGUUUUUAAUUGUUCCGAUCAAUUAGAUUUUUUGUCUAUGGGAAAAUUUUUCAAGGGUCUUGCCAGUGCAGGAGCAUGGGCAUGCUUUGACGAAUUUAAUAGAAUAGAUAUCGAAGUAUUAUCUGUAAUAGCACAACAAAUUAUGACUAUUCAGAAGGCUCAACAAAUUAGAGCUGAAGUAUUCAUCUUCGAGGGAGUAGAAAUUACACUUAAAGCUUCCUGUGCGAUUUUCAUCACGAUGAAUCCAGGUUACGCCGGUCGGACAGAAUUGCCCGAUAAUUUGAAAGCUCUUUUCCGUCCAGUUGCUAUGAUGGUACCAAAUUAUGCUCUUAUCGCAGAGAUUUCUUUAUUCUCCUACGGAUUCUCUAAUGCUAAGACUCUCGCCGGAAAGAUAACAACUACUUUUAAAUUAAGUUCCGAGCAACUCAGUACACAGGAUCAUUAUGAUUUUGGAAUGCGUGCUGUAAAGACUGUUAUAGCGGUAGCGGGUAAUCUAAAAAGAGAAUUGAAAGAUGUUGACGAACAACAAAUUUGUUUACGCGCUUUAAGAGAUGUCAAUGUGCCGAAAUUUUUAAGCGAUGAUCUGAAAUUAUUUAACGGGAUUGUAUCUGAUCUCUUUCCGCAAUUGACUGAAUUACCUGUAGACUAUGGAAUUCUUGAAGCGGAAAUCUGUAAAACUAUCUUAGAAAAGGGCUUAGAGAAAGUCGAUGAAUUUGUCAAGAAAAUUAUUCAGCUGUACGAGACCACUUUGGUACGUCACGGAUUGAUGUUAGUUGGACCAACUGGAUCUGGGAAAACAAAGACAUUAUCUAUCAUGGGAAUUCAAAAUAGUUUUGUAUUGGUAGAUGGUAUUGAAUAA